AUGCAGCGAUGGGGAUUGGAUCGGGCGAUGAUGGUGGAGGCGUUCGGGCGGAUUCGAGAUGAUUGGAUCGAGGAGGAUUUCGAUGGAUGGUUGGAACCGAACGCGUUGUAUCCGGGCGUCGCCGAGGCGGUGAAGCGAGCGCAGGCGAGGUCGGACGCGGCGGUGAAGAUCGUGACGACGAAACAAGGGCGGUUCGCGCUCGCGAUUAUGGAGCGAAUGGGCGGGUUGGUGAUUCCCGAGGAGGACAUGUUCAGCACGACGGUGAGCGGGAUCCCGAAGACGGAUGUCUUGCGCACGUUCGGUACUGAGGGUAAAUGGCGAAAGAUUUUCGUCGAGGAUAAGCUGAGCACGCUCGAGAAGGUGAGCAAAGCGGAUGACUUGAACGAGUGGGAGCUCUACUUGGUGAACUGGGGAUACAACACGCCGGAGGAGCGCGCGCGCGCGAACGCGAAUCCUCGCAUCAAAGUCAUCGGCGUCGACGCCUUCAUCAACAUGCUCGAGGCCGCAUAG